GCUUCCUAAACAUCACGAGGCUCAGAGGAGGAGGAGGAGAAGAGGCUGCAAUCAUAAAACAGCUGGACGGGACGCAGUGAACGGAUGCACGACAUCUGUCCACCCAUCAGCAUCAGAGGAUUUCUCUCUUCUGUUCAUCAGCCUCUGGAGGCUUGCUGUGAAGCCUCGUAUUCGACUCCAUAUCACCUACAAACACUAGCAAGAUGCCAGAGAAGACGAAAUAUAACCUGGUGGACGACAGUGAUGACAGCUUCCAGUGCGGCAUCGCCUUCCAGGUGAAGUUUAUUGGCACUUUGGACAUUGUGCGUCCCCAAAGCAGGCUGGACAUCCUGGCAGCCAUGAGAAGGGUCCGGUAUGAGUUUAAAGUGAAGAACAUCAAGAAGAUGAAAGUCAGCCUUGUCGUGGCAGUGGAUGGUGUCAAAGUGGUGUUGCACAAGAAAAAAAAGAAAAACGCAUACAGCUGGGAUGAAAGUCAUGUAACAUUGGCACAGGAUCCCAUAUACAGAAUAUUCUAUGUGUCCCAUGACUCUCAAGACCUUAAAAUCUUCAGUUAUAUAGCAAAAGACAAGAAGAGCAACGUGUUCCGCUGCAACGUAUUCAAAUCCAAGCGAAAGAGUCAGGCUAUGAGAAUUGUGCAGACAGUCGGCCAGGCGUUUGAGGUUUGCCAUAAACAGAGUCUGGAUACUGUGGAUGAAUGGUUAGUGAAGUGCGAGGAGGAGAGAGGAGAGGAGGAGGACACUCCAGAUGCUGAUACCAACCCAGAGGAGAUGGCGCAAAAGACAGAUGUAAAGGUCUCUGAAGAUGUUGUGGUGGAAAUAGAGCCAUCAGGAGUGCUGUCACCGGUCCCAGAGCGCCUGUCACUGAGCCACCGGGUCCAGCUCCUGAAAAAACAACUCAAACAGCAGGAACAGAAGAGCCAGGCUGCCUCAGCACAGGCUGCCCUGCUCCAGCAGCAGCUGUGUUUGGAGGCUCGGGCAAGGACAGAGGCUCAGGUUCGAGCUCAACAGCUUUUGCAGCAGAAUGGCGAGCUCCUACAGCAUCUCUCCAUGCUUAUCAAACACAUCCAGGAGCUGGAGCUCCGCACUCACUCGUCCUCCUCCAUCAUGGGGUCUCAGGACAGCCUGUUGGAGAUCGCUCUGAGAGACAACGUCCCUCGUUUCUCACCCUUGAAGAAGCCUAACGUGGUGCGCCUGGAUCCGUUCAGCUUCUUUCCAGAGACAUCGGACAGCGAGAAGAAGCCAGAGCAUUUUGACCGGGAUUCUGGCCAGGGUCCAGACGAAGAGCAAAGUGAGAGUUCUCCUACCGAGGCUCGUUUCUUCUGCACUUUGGAGCUCCCUGGGUUCAGGGAAUCGGGUAUCGCAUCCGGAUAUGAGUCCAAUACGGACGAGAGCGAUGAUAGGGAGAGCUGGGGCCAAUGAGCGCUUGAGGAUUGAUGCUCUUUAAGCUCUGUUGGCGAUGCAAUUCAUCUCCAGAUGUUUGAGAGUUAUGAGAAUACGGAUUCAAUUCUGUUGAAAUUGAGAUUUGGAGUCCAGUGACAACGAAGAAUAAUUAAGAGAUCUGAACUCUAUAAAGUGUGUUGGAGGGAAGAACCUUUAUUUUUGAAUGAGAGUGAUGAAAUUAUGAGUCACACAGUAACAGUAUACGUUCCUGACGUUUAUUUUACAGUAUUUUCCUUAUGAAAAUAAGUGGACUCCCUUUAAUUGGUGUAGGAAAUGGAAAGCAAACUUUCAGAACUCUGUUCUGUUUAUUUAUUUCCACAUGCACUAGCAAAAUUGCCCCUGUAUGCGUAAAGGUACACUUGUCCGCUUGAAUUCAACUUUAUAUAUUUGUGCAUAGGAAAUUUCUGCAGACUUACAGAACAAAAAUGCAUUCAGAUGUUUUUUUGUUUUUUUUGGUGUUUGCAGGUCUGUGUCAUAUUAGCAAUUUAGCAAGGAUGAGCAAACAUGUAUAUGCUAUGCUGUGCCCUUUAUAUCAAUGAUCAAGACGAUGAGACAUGGUCAGAAAAGGAUAGGGAUGUGGGCUAGAAGAAAUUGCAAACAUUUUUAACAAGAGCCGCUUGCUGUGCUUGUCCGGCGUCAUCACUGUGUGACAGAAAACAAAACAAGAAGACAACAGAUAAUAGUCCUGUGAUCGUUUUAAAGCUUUUGGUCUGACUCUGCUGUUACUGUGAUGCUAAUAUGCUGAGCUUCCAUGAUGUCUACAGUGGACCUGUACCUGCACUACUACUUGCACUGUGCUGCUUGACUGUAGACAUACCCUUGCACAUGUGGAAUUUCUGCAUCUGUAUAAUAUGGCCAAAAAUGGCACAGCAUUAUUGUCACCUCCACUGGAGAAAUCCUGGACCCUGGCUGGUUUAUGACACUGUAAAAAGUACCAGAUCACUCUCUUUUUUGUUUAACGUCAUAAUGUAUAAAAUUUCAUAGCAGUGUCUCGUCUACCUGUACACAGUUUUGGUUGUAACGGAUUUUAACACCAUUAAGGGGAAUGCGUAAGCACCAACAUGUGCAAACUGUACGUCUAAAUCAUCACACACUAACCUCCAAAUGGCUUCCAAAUUAAAGGUGCCACCUGUAAUAUUUAAACGCAUUUCUAAAACUGCUAACUUCAUAGAAUUUUAUACACACCAACAAAAACUGUGAUUUGCAGUAUUGCUAUGUAAAGAACCUGGCUAGUGUCUUUGUUUCAGGUUUGUGUUUACAUUUUUUCCCAGCCUGGAAACAAGCUCCACCCACAGAGCUAGCUAAUCCGUAUAGCUUUGCAACUCUUCCCUCGAAGGCAACUUGAACAUGUGGAGUUUAACCAGAAAAAUGUGUCAGUUAGGGAAGUAGAUUUCUGCUUGUCUGUGUUUUUAUUGCAGAUGUAAUUCAUCUUGCUGCCAGCAGGAGGGCUGUAAAAACAACAACAACAACAACAACAACAACAAAAAAAAAUAUUACAAACGGCUCCUUUAAAAACGCACCAGCUGAAGUGUUUCGGUAUAUCUGUAAACUUGUGGCAAAUCCGGUGUUGCAUGCGUGCAUAUUCCGUCUACUUCUCCGUCAUGAGGUCUUCAUGAAUAGUGUGUCCGAAGUUAUUAGUCCUCAUGCUGUCAUGUUUAGCUAGGGCUCUCUUUGAGGUUGUGUUUAUUUGUGUUAAAGAGAGAAUGAGAACUUUCCUCCUUUCAGUCGUGUCACUUAACCCUGCAUUUGUCCGAUUUGCUAAACAGUACAGUGGCUAGAGAAAUGUUAAAUCACGACAGGUCUAAUUGCAGAGAUGUUUAAAAUGUUUCAUUUAGCAUGCAAAUGUUUUCCAAUAAUUUGUUUUUUAACACUAUUAACAAAUCAAACAGUUUUUUUUUCCAGUUUGCAUUUAAUAAAGCUUCUCUCAAGCACCUGA